AAGUUCUAGUGGGUUGAGGUAUCGCUGGGAGCAGCCGGGUGGCGGGAGGAGCCAUUACCGAAGCCGGAGCUGCUGAUUCAGCUGAUCAAGAUGACAACCUCCCAAAAACCCCGAGACUUUGUGGCAGAGCCCAUGGGGGAAAAGCCAGUGGGGAGCCUGGCCGAGACUGGUGAAGUCUUGGGCAAGGAGCUGAAGGAAAGGGGCUUUGACAAGGCCUAUGUGGUCCUUGGCCAGUUUCUGGUGCUAAAGAAAGAUGAAGAUCUCUUCUGGGAAUGGCUGAAGGACACAUGUGGUGCCAAUGCCAAGCAGUCCUGGGACUGCUUUGGGUGCCUUCGAGAGUAGUGCAAUGCCUUUUUG